GAGCCGCGCGCCGGGCGGGAAUGUAAGAUGGCGGAGUAGCAGCGCAAAGCGGUCGGUAUUAAGUAUUUGGGCAGACUUCGGUUCUGGUCUCCGCAGCAGCAGUGAUCGUUGAGCGACGAGCGCCUAGGAUAAUUGUUCAAGAUGCCGAAUAUCAAAAUCUUCAGCGGCAGCUCUCAUCAGGACCUAUCCCAGAAAAUUGCUGACCGCCUGGGCCUGGAGCUAGGCAAGGUGGUGACUAAGAAAUUCAGCAACCAGGAGACCUGUGUGGAAAUUGGUGAAAGUGUACAUGGAGAAGAUGUCUACAUCGUUCAAAGUGGUUGUGGUGAAAUCAACGACAAUCUAAUGGAGCUUUUGAUCAUGAUUAAUGCCUGCAAGAUUGCUUCAGCCAGCCGGGUUACUGCAGUCAUCCCAUGUUUCCCUUAUGCCCGGCAGGAUAAGAAGGAUAAGAGCCGAGCACCAAUCUCAGCUAAGCUUGUUGCAAAUAUGCUGUCUGUAGCUGGUGCAGAUCAUAUUAUCACCAUGGAUCUACAUGCUUCUCAAAUUCAGGGCUUUUUUGAUAUCCCAGUGGACAAUUUGUAUGCAGAGCCAGCUGUCCUGAAGUGGAUUAGGGAGAAUAUAUCUGAGUGGAGGAACUGCACUAUUGUGUCACCUGAUGCUGGUGGAGCCAAGAGAGUGACCUCCAUUGCAGACCGGUUGAAUGUGGACUUUGCCUUGAUUCACAAAGAACGGAAGAAGGCUAAUGAAGUGGACCGCAUGGUGCUAGUGGGAGAUGUGAAGGAUCGAGUCGCUAUCCUUGUGGAUGACAUGGCUGACACAUGUGGCACAAUUUGUCAUGCCGCUGACAAACUUCUCUCAGCUGGAGCGACCAGAGUUUAUGCUAUCUUGACUCAUGGAAUCUUUUCUGGCCCAGCCAUUUCUCGAAUCAAUAAUGCAUGUUUUGAAGCAGUAGUGGUCACCAAUACCAUACCUCAGGAGGACAAGAUGAAGCAUUGCUCUAAAAUACAGGUGAUUGACAUCUCUAUGAUCCUUGCGGAAGCCAUCAGGAGAACUCAUAAUGGGGAAUCUGUUUCCUACCUAUUCAGUCAUGUUCCUUUAUAAUAGAAUAACUUGAGGCUUUUUAAAAAAUAAAAUCAACCCUACCCCUUGUUUCCCUUAGUAUUUCAUGACAAAUUCAGCAGAAGACCCAGCUUGCUCCAGUAUAGCUUUCUACAUCCCACAUCAUGUAAAUGAGGGUUUAUUGUAAAUUGGGAGAAGACAGAUUGAGAUUAACUGCUGGGAUUUCUUAACUGCAUUGUCUCAUUCUGGCUUCCUUAAUGAUUUUGUGAACCUUGCAGCUUUAACUGGAGUUCAGCUGCUUCAAGAUCUCAGACUUCUGAGGGUGUUGAAUAAGGCUGUUUAGAUGGUUGGGGAAGCUCAGACUUUUCAUGUGAAUACUUUGGGGAUUUAAGUAUUUAAUUUUCAUCUUUCUUCCUGGAAUCUGUUUGGCCUCUCCAAUGACCUGACAUUUCUGUUAAAAGUUUGAUGUUAAUUGUCUCUUGUAGAAGAAACUAAUAAAGUGUCUAUGUGUGUGAAAAAAAAAAAAGAAUACAGUACAUUCUCCAAAAUCCGCCUCUUUUGCUGGGAGACA